CUCCAACUCCCAUCAUCCCUGAGCCCUGGCCUGGCUAGCGGGGGGUGAUGGGAGUUGUAGUCCAGCCACAUCUGGGGACCCCCAGCUGGAGAAAGGCUGGUCCAGAUGCUGGACUGAGGACCCCGCGGGUCCCCUUCCAGCUCCGCAAUGAAACGGAAAACUGCAGCCCAGACCUAAAUCGCAGAUCUGCAUCCCCCAGACUGAGGAGGAAGCCUCUCACUUUUCUUUCCGGAUUUGCUAGCACCUCUAGAUUGGACCAUCAGAACUUGGCAGAAAGCGAAAGGAUUCCUUCCAAUCUCUUGGAGGCUUCAUGAGAGCCCAGAUGGAUGAGCAAGACUCAGCUGGCCCUGAAGCAGGAGGAGGCCCUGCCCUCCAAACUGGGAGCAGUGGGAGAUUUGGGGGAAAUUCAGAGCAGAAGAUCCCAGGUGAGGAGGACACCCUCUGCUCAGAGGUGCAGAGCCAGCAGUUGAGACAGUUCUGCUCCCAGGAGGCCAAAGGACCCCGAGAGGCUUGCGGCCGACUCCACCACCUCAACUGUCGGUGGCUGAAGCCAGAAAGUCAUACGAAAGCUCAGGUGCUGGACCUGGUGAUCUUGGAGCAGUUCCUGGCUGUCCUUCCGCUGGAGAUGGAGAGCUGGGUGAGGGAAUGUGGAGCGGAGACCACUUCCCAGGCUGUAGCCCUGGCUGAAGGUUUCCUCCUGAGUCAGGCGGAGGAGAGGAAGCAAGCAGAGCAGCAGGGAAAGGAUCUCUUUGCGGAAAUGGGCCUGGAUUCCUGUGAGGCAGAAAAGACUCCGUUGGACGCCAGAGGGAGGCCACUGGGUGACAGAAGGAUGCCCCCCAGACCUCCUCAUCCAUCUUUUCAUGAUAAUGGAGGAGAAGCAGCAGCUGUGGAAACAGAUCUGGGUCCUCUGUGCUUUGAAGAUGUCGCUGUGUAUUUCACAGAGGAGGAGUGGGCGUUGCUGGAUCCUGACCAGAGAGCUCUGCAUAAGGAAGUCAUGGAGGAGAAUCGUAGGAUUGUGGACUCUCUCAGUGGUGAUGGAUUGGAAGUUGUGAACAAGGGAGACCAUGACAAAUUACACACAGUGGGGAAGUUGUAUGAAUAUUUGGAGUUUGGAGAGAGCAUCAAUCGCAGCUCCUAUUCCACUUCCUAUGAAAUAAAUCCCAUUGGAAAGAAUCACUAUCAGUGCUUGGAAUGUCAAAAGACUUUCAGUCGGAAGGAUAGUCUCACAGCCCAUCAAAGAAAGCACAGCGGGGGGAAACCCCAUCAAUGCUUGGAAUGUGGAAAAAGCUUCAGUCAGAGGGCUACACUCACUGCACAUCAAAGAAUUCAUACAGGCGAGAAACCAUAUCAGUGCUUGGAAUGCGGGAAGAGCUUCAGUCAAAGGACCCAUCUCACUCGCCAUCAAAGAAUUCAUACAGGGGAGAAACCAUAUCAGUGCCUCGAAUGUCGAAAGAGCUUCAGUCGGAGGUCCGAUCUCAUUUCCCAUCAGAAAAUUCACACAGGGGAGAAACCAUAUCAGUGCUUGGAAUGUGGAAAAAGCUUCUCUCAGAGGGCUAAGCUCACUUACCAUCACAGAAUUCAUACAGGGGAGAAACCAUAUCAGUGCUUGGAAUGCGGAAAGAGCUUCUGUCAGAGGUCCUAUCUCAUUUCCCAUCAGAAAAUUCACACAGGGGAGAAACCAUAUCAGUGCUUGGAAUGCGGAAAGAGCUACAAUCACAUCUCCAAACUUACUUGCCAUCAAAGAACUCACAGCGGGGAGAAACCGUAUCAGUGUUUGGAAUGUGGAAAGAGUUUUACCCAUAAGGAAAGUCUCACUUUCCAUCAAAGAAUUCAUACAGGGGAGAAACCAUAUCAGUGCUUGGAAUGCGGAAAGAGCUUCCAUAGGAGCUUCAAUCUCACUUCCCAUCUAAGAACACAUAGCGGGGAGAAACCCCAUCAGUGCUUGGAAUGUGGAAAGAGCUUCAGUGUGAGGGCUCACCUCAUGGCCCAUCAAGUAAUUCAUACAGGGGAGAAACCCUAUAAGUGCAUGGAAUGCGGAAAGAGCUAUGCCUGGAUGUUAAAUCUCACUUACCAUAAAAGAAUUCAUACAGGGGGGAAACCAUAUGAGUGCUUGGAAUGUGGUAAAGGCUUCAGUGAGAGGGCUAAGCUGGUAGCCCAUCGAAGUAUUCAUACAGGAGAGAAACCAUAUCAGUGCUUGGAAUGUGGGAAAAGCUUCAGUAGGAGAUCUAAUCUCACUUCCCAUCAAAGAAUUCAUACAGGGGAGAAACCCUAUAAGUGCAUGGAAUGUGGAAAGAGCUUCAGGCAGAAAGCUCAGCUCAUACCCCAUCAAAGAAUUCAUACAGGGGAGAAACCAUAUCAGUGCUUGGAAUGUGGAAAGAGCUUCAGACAGAGGGCCCAACUCACUUCCCAUCUAAGUGUUCAUGAGGGGAAGAAUCCACAUCAAUGCUUGGAAUGUGGAAAGAGCUUCAAUAGGAGGUCUCAUCUCACCUGCCAUCAAAGAACUCACAGCGGGGAGAAACCAUAUCAGUGCUUGGAAUGUGGAGAGAUUCAUCUGGAAGGUAAGUCUCACUUCCCAUCAGACAAUUCAUACAGGAGAGAAACCAUAUCAAUGCUUGGAAUGUGGAAAGAGAUUCAGUAGGAAAGGAAGUCUCCCUUCCCAUCAAAGAAUUCAUACAGGGGAGAAACCAUAUCAGUGCUUGGAAUGUGGAAAGAGCUUCUUUCAGAGGUCAAACCUCAAGGCCCAUCAGAGAAUUCAUGCAGGGGAGAACCCAUACAAUUGCGUGGAAAGUGGGAAGUGCUUUAGUAGGAAGGAACAUCUCACUUCCCAUCAAACAAUUCACCGUGAGGAGAGACCAUAUCAGUGCUUAGAAUGUGGAAAGAGCUUCAAAUGGAAGAAACUUCUCACUUUCCAUCAAGGAACUCACAGCAAGGAGAAUCAUAGUAUUUGAAGAUGGCCAUCACAUCUCUUAAUCUCCUCUUUUCUAGGCAAAACAUGCCCAACUCCCUCAAACUGUUUUGCGUCCAGUAUUUUCCUUUCUCUUCCCCGGCUCUGACCUUCAACAGGAAGGACUGGUGGUGAAGAGACCACCUGUGCCCCACAUCUCUUCAGCUUCCUCCCAGAGUCUCACAGUCCCUUGAUAUACAUUGUCCGUGUUAGUAUUAUUUGUACCCACAUGAAUCAGAAGGAAGGAGGAGGGGUCAGUUGGCUUUAAAAGACAUGGCAACUUCUCUGUCACAUUGUUAAUCUGCAUACCGUCUGGGACAUCCUCUUUUCUCCACACACUACUUCUUCUGCCCCCUCAGUAGGGAGUCACCUAUCACCACCACAUCUCCUCCUCUGGGGAGUGGCAGGAAUUGUUUGAUAUGCUGUACCUUCCAAAACCUCCUUGGAGCAUUCUGUGGUCUACAAGUGCUGUUUUUGAGUUCUUGUCUGUUGGAGUUGCCUAGUUCAUUUCCUUGGAAGAUAGCAAGUGGGUUAUCAGCAUACUCAUCCAUGAUCAGUAGCCGUGGAUCUGAAGGAGUUAGGUCAAGAAUGAAAAAGGACUCCUCUAAUAAUACCAAUACUAAUAAUACUAAUAAUGACAAUUUAUUAUUUUUCCCCAGCCACUCUGGGCAGCUUCCAACAAAAAGAGUAAAAAUACAUUAUAACAGCAAUCAUUAAAAACUUCCCUAAACAGGGAAGUCCAUCUCC